AUGUCGAGCGACGACGUCGAGGACGAUCGAGGGGCGAUCACGGAGGAUUUCGUCCCGCGACACGUCACGCAAACUUUACGCGCGACGUCACCGUGCGGACGACACGCGUGCGAGGCUGGACGGGACGCGAACGUUCGGAGGUGGGAUCCGGUGCAGCAGUCAAAAUUUUUAGACGACCGCGCGUGGGGAAGCGUCGACGCGUUUCAUCGAGCGUUAGUGCGAGGUGAGACGUGCGUGGGCGAUUUAAACAGUAGUUUACGACCGUGUUCCAUCGAUGGGGUGCCGGUUGGUACGGGUGAGACGUCGUCGAGGCACGCGCGAAGACCGGGUCGGAGGACGUUUGCGUUUCGAUGCGCCUAUCGCGGAGUCGCGUUUGCGGGGUACGCGUGGAACGCCGACGUCGACGGAGAGAAGGAGUGGGCGUUCGGAGAGGCGUCGGUGAGUGCAUCUUUACAGUGGGCGCUGCGCGACAUUACGGAUAAGGGUCGACCGACGCCGAGUUCUGGAAGGACGGAUCGAGGAGUGUCAGCCGGCGCGUCGUGCGUCUCGUUUUGGACGCGUCAUCCAGAGGUAACAUCGGAGCGCAUCGAGCGGUUGGUGAACGAAGAGAGCGCGCCGGGAAAAGCCGGCGUGUUGCGAGUAUCCGAAAUCAGGGAGGUUCCGUCCUCUUUUCACGCAACGUUCAGCGCUUUUCGCCGAAGAUACGUGUACGUCUUGCCGAAAACGCAAAAAUUCGGCGAGGAACGAACCCCGUGCGCGCAUUUGGACGGCGCGACGAUGAAUCGUAUCCUCCAGCCACUCGCCGAGGUCGACGGCCCCAUCGACAUGCACGCAUUCGCGCGAGGAACUCCACCCGGGCGCUCCUCUGAGGUGAACUUCUCCGUCGCUCGCGCGUUCGACGCGCGUCUCCCGCGCGUCGCGUUGGACGACCCUGACACCCACGCCGGGAUCCGCCGCUCCCGUCGAGACGUCGACAUCACCGUCUCAGAUUCCGCCGCCGCCGAAGACCUCGACGUCGUCGUCAUCGAGCUCGAGGCUGAUCGCUUCUUACGCAAGCUCGCGCGAUGUCUCGUCGCCACCGCGGCGCGCGAAGCCGCCGGUCCUCCCAGCUCGGACGACGUCUUACUUCGCAUCGCCCGCGCGCGAGACCGUCGACUCGCCGCCCCACCCGCGCCCGCGCUCGGUCUCGUCCUCGCCGGCGCGUCGUACGGCGCACGGGCCGAGUCGUAG